AAUUCAUGAUUUUUGGGGAAACUUUGAAUGGUUUUGCUUCUAGGAUGCAUUGUCUUUGACGGAAUUUGAGCUGAUGGAGUUGAUGGAUGUGGGGGUUGGCAGGAGUGAGAUCUGCAUUAGCACACAUCAGUGAGAAAGUCUAUCCACCUUAUCAAACUGCAUUAUCACUGAUGGAGCAAAGGGUUCAAAAUGAGAUAUUUUCACGCCAUCUUCCAAUGGGGCUGAAAGGAUUAGAUCAGCCUUAUGUGGUGGUGAUUGAUAGCAUGGCUGCUCUAGUUUCAGAGAAAGACGAGAAGGGAACUUCUAGAAAACAACCAUUAAGUAGGCAAAUUUCCUUCAUUAAGUCACUUGCUGAAUUUUCACGAAUUCCUAUUGUAGUGACAAACCAAGUGAGAUCUCAAGGCCACAAUAAGGCCUGCCAGUAUUCCUUUCAAAUGCAUAACGAGAGGGAGAAUUUAGAGACUCCUGCAUUGUAUGAUAUGUAUCCUGUUGCUGCUCUGGGUAUUAAUUGGGCUCAUGCUGUAACCAUUUGUCUUGUGCUGGAAUCUAAAUCAGGUCAGAGGUUUGUUAAGUUGGCAAAAUCUCCAUUAUCUCCACCUCUUGCUUUUCCUUUCCACAUAACUUCAUCAGGCAUUUCCUUGCUAAAUCAUGAUGGAAUAGAACUUACGGGACCAGAGAUAAAACUCAAUUCACUAUCAAGGUUAGCAAAACUGUUCUAUGCAUUUGUGAGUUUCUGCAGUUAACCAAAGAACACUCUAAUCUGAAUUUGUGAGCUUCUCGGAUGUGGAGCUCUGUUUCAUUUUAGAUUGAUUAAUCUGCAUACAAAUGAGUUCCUGAAUAUAUGCAACUUACAUAUAACUGUUUCUGCAUAAAAGAUAAAAAUAACU